AUGGAAGAAUAUAAUCAUCAUCUGGGAGAAAACACUGGUCCAAGGGGAAGUUUCUUGUAUGGAGGCCCAGUCCUAGCAGCACCAAGCUCAUCAGUGUAUGCAAGAGCCAGCAGCGGCUCUAACAAUCAGUUACCAAUCAGUAGCUUUCAUCUUCAAUCAAGUGCUGAAUGUUAUCAGCAAUCCGAAGGCCAAGACCAUCCCAUCGUAAAAACAGAAGCUGGAGCCUCUUCUCAUCACCAACACGGACAACACAAGUUUCAAUAUCCUUCCAUAAUCAGGAGCCAUCAAACUGUCCAAGAUCAUCAUCAGCAACCACACCAUCAAGAGAGCGAAAUUUCUGGUGAAGCAGAAGCUAUAAAAGCAAAGAUUAUUGCUCAUCCUCAGUAUUCUAACCUCUUGGAAGCUUACAUGGAUUGUCAAAAGGUGGGAGCUCCGCCCGAGGUGGUUGCACGGCUCACGGCAGCCAGGCAGGAGUUUGAAGCAAGGCAACGCGCUUCCUUGGUGACCGGUAGAGAUGUUAAUAAGGAUCCAGAACUAGACCAAUUCAUGGAAGCUUACUAUGACAUGUUGGUGAAGUAUCGAGAGGAGCUAACUCGACCGUUACAAGAAGCUAUGGAGUUCAUGCGAAGAGUCGAAACACAGCUAAAUAUGCUUGGAAAUGGUCCCGUCCGGAUCUUCAACUCUGAUGAGAAAUGUGAGGGUGUUGGAUCAUCUGAAGAGGACCAAGACAAUAGUGGUGGAGAAACAGAACUGCCUGAGAUUGAUCCACGUGCAGAAGACCGGGAACUAAAGAACCACUUGUUGAGGAAGUAUAGUGGCUACUUAAGCAGUCUCAAGCAAGAGCUUUCCAAGAAAAAAAAGAAAGGGAAACUUCCUAAAGAUGCUCGGCAAAAGCUUCUUAGUUGGUGGGAGUUGCACUAUAAAUGGCCAUAUCCUUCGGAGACAGAGAAGGUGGCCUUGGCUGAAUCGACUGGAUUGGACCAAAAACAGAUUAAUAACUGGUUCAUUAACCAAAGGAAAAGACAUUGGAAGCCUUCUGAAGAUAUGCAAUUUAUGGUUAUGGAUGGCCUCCAUGCACAGAAUACAGCACUCUAUAUGGAAGGCCACUACAUGGGCGAAGGCCCUUACAGAUUGGGGCCGUGA